AUGGGAAGGGGAAGGGUGCAAUUGAAGAGGAUCGAGAACAAGAUCAAUAGGCAAGUGACCUUCUCAAAGAGGAGAACUGGUUUGCUCAAAAAAGCAAACGAGAUCUCUGUACUUUGUGAUGCUGAAGUGGCUCUUAUAGUCUUCUCCACUAAAGGCAAACUAUUUGAGUUCUCCAGCGAUCCCUGUAUGGAAAGAAUUCUUGAACGGUAUGAGAGGUAUUCAUAUGCGGAGAGGCAGCUUGUGACAAAUAAUCAGCCACAAAAUGGAAAUUGGACUCUAGAACAUGCAAAGCUCAAAGCAAGGUUGGAAGUCCUACAGAAAAAUCAAAGGAAUUUUAUGGGAGAAGAUUUGGAUAGCCUAAGCAUCAAAGAGCUUCAGAAUUUGGAACAUCAGCUUGAUUCUGCUCUCAAACACAUUAGAUCGCGGAAGAAUCAACUCAUGUAUGAAUCUAUUUCACAGCUUCAUAAAAAGGAUAAGGCCCUACAAGAACAAAACAACACGCUUGCUAAGAAGAUAAAGGAGAAAGAGAAGACACUAGCUCAACAGGCACAAGAGCAGCAAAAUAAGAAUGUGGAUCUUACUUCUGCUGUCCUUGUUCCUCAACCGUUGGAGACAUUGAAUAUUGGAGGUUCGCCAGAAACUAGAGGUAACGGAGGAAAUAUUGAUGGAACCUCAACUCCAGCCCAAGUUACCCUUCUUCCACCUUGGAUGCUUGGUCCCACAAAGGAAUAGAAUAAUGUUAACUACA